AUGUCCGGAAACCCUUACGAGAACGAGCCUGGAUUCGAGGAGGCCAAUGAGGCAUCGGAUAAGAAGAACCAGAAGGACUACGUCCAGAAGAUACGUCACGAAACACUUCGAAUCUCCGUCAUCCAGCGUAUGGAGGAAUACCUUGGUCUCACACCCGACGGCAACGCUAUUGCCCAACAGUCUGCGGCAGACGGAGACCAACUGGAUAUCGACAACGAUGAUAUCGACGAUACGAACGUUCCUUUCGAACCUUUCAAGGAUUUGUGUAAGCGGCGAUUCCUAUGGUACUACGACAAUUACCUCCUUGCCGUGCAAAAGGCCAAGGCCGAGGUCAAGGACCACCAGGCGUUUGUUCGCAUGCCGUUUGAAGGUGCUAGCAACACCAUGGACGGCAAGUUCAACUACACAGAAUUGGAAAGACGCCUGCGGAAUGUCAAGGCUGCGCUUGACAAUGAGCUCGUCAAGUGGGCGAAGGAUGGCGAGGUUGCGAUCGAAAAGGAAAUGACGCUUUCUGUGAACUUGCGCCACCAGUAUGAACAAGUGGUGCAGGCAUUCAAGCGUCAAGACAUUCCUCACGAUAUUCAGUUGGAGGACAACAAUCCUUUCGUUUGGGUCAUCACCUAUUUCGGACGUCCAAUGACGAAUCUCGAUGGUGGCCUAUUCCGCUUCAAAAUCCACUUCAGUACCAAGUUCCCCGAGGAGCAACCUCGAGUCAAGUUUCACACACGCAUUUUCCACCAUCGCAUUGCAGAAGACGGGACAGUUUGCUAUUUCCCAAACUCACUUAGAAAGGAGGAUGUGCGAACUCACAUCGAGGCUGUGUUCACGGCACUGGAAGAAGAAGAUCCGGCUUACGACCCUCGAACUUUGGUACACCCUGAGGCGCACACUCUCUACUGGGGAGGUGCCGAGGCGCGGAAGAACUACAACAGGCGGCUCCGUAGAUCUGUGCAGCAGAGCAUGGAGUAA